GUGAUCAGGGCAGCGAACAGAGCAUCAUUCAGAUACGAGAACAGAGGCUCUAUUACUGACACAGCAGUGAGCCAGCUCACCUCCUACCACCAAGACUCAAUAGGUUUAAAUCCAGACAACAUGAGUGAUGAUCAAAGCCUGUCUGAGGUUGAGAUGAGCCCUGUAGGAUCAGAAGACACAUCUCUGACUCCAGACCCAAUGCCACCUCAUGCCCAUUCCGGCCCAGAUGAUGAUGAGGAAGGAAAGGUGAAAAAGGAGCAAGAUUCAGAGGAUGAGAGGUUUCCAGUAUGCAUUCGAGAAGCAGUUUCCCAGGUCCUUAGUGGCUACGACUGGACGUUAGUGCCAAUGCCUGUGAGAGUAAAUGGUGGCAGUAAGUCCAAACCACAUGUUAAAAGGCCUAUGAAUGCAUUUAUGGUAUGGGCACAAGCUGCACGAAGAAAGUUGGCUGACCAGUACCCACAUCUACACAAUGCAGAACUAAGCAAGACUCUGGGCAAAUUGUGGAGGUUGCUCAAUGAGAAUGACAAAAGGCCCUUUAUAGAAGAGGCUGAGAGAUUACGAAUGCAGCACAAGAAGGACCAUCCAGACUAUAAGUACCAGCCUCGCAGAAGAAAAAAUGGGAAGCCUGCACCUGGAGAGGGUGAUGGGUCUUCUGAGACAGAGGGGGGUGCAACGUCCAUACAAGCACAUUACAAAAACUCACACCUUGACCACAGACACGGUUCCCCAAUGUCUGAUGGAAAUUCAGAGCACUCUACAGGUCAAAGCCAUGGACCUCCAACUCCUCCAACAACACCCAAGACAGAGCUUCAGACAGGAAAGGCUGAUAAUAAGAGGGAUGGAUCUCGCUCCAUGGCGGAAGGAGGGAAACCCCAUAUUGAUUUUGGAAACGUGGAUAUAGGAGAAAUCAGCCAUGAUGUCAUGUCCAACAUGGAGCCAUUUGAUGUCAAUGAGUUUGACCAAUAUCUCCCACCAAAUGGCCAUGCUGGUCACCCAAGUCACAUUGGAGGCUACACUUCAAGCUAUGGCCUUACCGGAGCUCUGGCUGCUGGCCCUUCUGCUUGGGCUCUAACAAAGCAACACCCUUCAGCCGUGGCAGACUCCAAAGCUCAGGUGAAGACAGAAGGCUCAAGCACAAGCCACUAUACGGAGCAGCCUUCCACAUCUCAGCUGACCUACACCUCUUUGGGCUUGCCACAUUAUGGCUCAGCAUUUCCUUCAAUUUCCAGGCCUCAGUUUGAAUACUCAGAUCACCAGCCUUCAAGUUCUUAUUACAGCCAUUCCAGCCAAGCCUCCAGCUUGUACUCAGCUUUCUCCUACAUGGGUCCCCCCCAACGUCCUCUCUAUACUGCAAUCUCUGAUCCCCCUAGUGUGGCUCAGUCGCAUAGUCCCACACACUGGGAACAGCCCGUCUACACUACUUUAUCAAGACCAUGAACCAAACAGAGAAGUAAACAAAGGAGGGACAUCUCUCGGAGAAAAACAAGCUCCGACUUGGUCCUCCCACAGCUCAAAUCCCAGGUAGAAUCCGGAUUCCAAGAGCACCAGGAAACUAUAGUCGUUUUCUGCAGGCCCAUGGGAAAGACGGUGACUGGGAAACAUGGGCCAUCUUUUCUGAUAAAACUCCAGUGUAAAAAUGAUGGGGGUAGCAUAGCUGGUUAAUGAAGGGAUGGGGGAAGGGAAUACAGAUUAUACACAGUUUAUGGACUAGUGUCUCCUAAACAAGGCAGGAAGAUGCAACAUCUGCUUUGGUAGUGGCUUUGUUCGGGUGUGCAGGAAAGUCCGCAGAGAUUUGACUAUGCAUAAUCACUGGCUGCUGAAGGCAGAUGCACCUCUGAAAGUCGCUUCUAGUACAUUGACAUCCUUACCCAGUUUACCUGGUCUGCUAACUUGUUUGAUAUAAGGGAUAGUUCAAACAUCACUAAUCAAUUUAACAUUGUUUGGAAUUGAAUUCAUCAUGUUGACUUGUCCACACUGUAGUAAAAUGCAUAGUUGCUUAAGAAGGAAAACAUGAUGCAGUUUUUUUAUUUUAAUCGCAUUCCUUUGACAUGGAAGCUGAUCAAACAAAGCUGCAUCUAAUAAUUCCUGACAUAUGAGAGCAAGAAGAUAAAUGGUUAUUCCUGUCAUAGCACUGACAUUAUGCACUCCACUAAUUGUACUGGUGAGAGCAAUAUGGCAUCGGUGUCAAAUGAAUAACUGUUGGGUGCACUAAGGUAGCCAACAAUUGGCUUUCGUAUUCAUCCACAGUAUUGUGUGAUGCUCAUGUACCUCUCUUGAAAAGAGCAAGAUGGCGGUUUUCACGUCUUCAUCAUGAUAUUGUGCUGUCGUUUAUUCUGAAGUGACAACCACAUGUUUAUUAUAAAUACUUGGCUGUGACAAAUACAGUUUCAGGUCUACAGAGACAGAAGUCAGAUGGUCCACUUAUUGUGUAGUCAUGUAUAUACUACAAGAAAUAAGAUCUUAAGGGAAGAGAAA